GAGAUGAGUUGAGGGAUUAGAAAGGGGGGUCCAAGGCUCCAACUAUUACUAUAUAAACUCGGACGUUGAGGGUCCAAAGUCAGUCACCUUUUUUGGAUAUAACAUGAAGGUGUUUGUUUGCCUUUUGGCUGUGGCUGCAGCCACCAACUAUGCCCAAGCUGGCUACAUCAGCAGCGGUGGUUACGGCGGAGGCGGCGGCGGCGGUUAUGGUGGCGGCUCCUCCGGCUGGAUUAGCAGCGGAGGUGGCGGCAGCGGCUGGAAGUCCAGCGGUGGUUGGAUAGGCAGCAGUGGUGGAGGCUACGGCGGCGGCUCCUCAGGCUGGAUCAGCAGCGGCGGUGGCGGCUACGGAGGAGGCGGCGGCUGGAAAUCCGGCGGUGGAUGGAGCAGUGGAGGAGGUGGAUGGAGCAGCGGCGGAGGUGGUGGUGGAUGGUGGUAAUUGCAUCACACCGAGUCACUUCGAGAGAAGGACCAAGUCGAGUGAUAUUUCCAACCACAAACUUGUACCUAUCUAAAUUCACAAUGUACAUAAUUUUUGUAUUUUUUAAGUAUUUGUAAAUAAACUUUUUACAAAAUU